UAAGCAGCAUCACUAUCAGUGAACUGUAAGCUCCAAUAAGGAACAUGAAGUUAAUCUUGGCGACUCUUUCAAUCAUUGGGGUGGCGAUGGUGUACGCUUUGCCGGCCCAUCAUCACUCUGGCGGCGGAAGAGGCAACGGAUCGCAGAACAAUUCCGCCGAUACGGCGAAUAAUUCCAACAUUCCAGGGUUUGGAAACGGUCAACAAUCCGGACAGCCAUCGUCCGGAAAUGGACAGGGUCGCGGUGGUUUUUCGAGCUUCGGAAACGGUCAACAAUCCGGACUACCGUUCUUCGGCAAUGGACAGGGGCAGUCCGGAUUCCCAAGCUUCGGAAAUGGGCAACAAUCUGGACAGCCAUCGUUUGGCAAUGGACAGGGCCAGGGUGGUUUUCCGAGCUUCGGAAACGGUGGACAGAAUGGAGGCAUCCCAUUGUUUCCUAGCGUCCAACCGGGAAUUGGAGGAUUGCCAAAUUUUGGAAACAACCAGCAAGGAGGAAACUUUCCGUUUUUCCAAUAAGAAAUCAGCUCUUGUUACAGCACAACAAAAUCGAAAUUGAUGAAUCGAAAUAAACGAAAUAGCAAAAUCAAAUAAAAAAACAUUAUCAUCAGCCCAAAUUUAAUCGGGGAUACAAAUUACGCGAAUACUUAUUAGACUACAACUUAACUACAAUUGAUUGUGUUAAAAUAGUAUGUGAAAUAAUUGUUGCAAUAAAGAUCAAUUGUGUUUGUUCUAUUGGAA